AUGAAUUUCGAUAUUCAAGAUUUGGAGGGUACGGUGUUGCGAUGUACCGUGUGGAAUGAUUAUGCUCUGCAGUUUAACGAGUUCAUCUCUAAAACCCCAGCUCAUGAGAAUGUGAUGGCUAUUAUACAGAAUGGAAAGUGUAAGGAAUGGAGAGAUCAAUUUACAGUUCAAAGUGAUAAGUUUGCAACACGACUGUUUCUGAAUGAAGAAAUCCAUGAAGUUAAUCAGCUAUGGAGGAGCCUUAUACUGAAAAAAGGACAAGGGAGUGGUUCUACUUCUCAAACAAUAUUGUCGUCUCAGACUAUUUUUCCAUUGCAUAAAGAAUUUGUAACAGAUGGUGUGAAGAAACAUGUUGAUGAGAUUAGAAGUGUCUUGUGUUGUGGUUGCGACAAUAAGAUUGUGCAAGAAGAGUAUGGUUGGUUUUAUCCUGCCUGUCGUAAGUGUUUCAAGAAGGUCAUAACUAAAAGUGAAUACUUACAGAAUGUUGAAAAUGUUUCGGAUGAUAUUCUUCAAUUGCAUGCGACUUCUUUGGUUUGUCCCAAAUCUCGUAGUGAAUGUACAUCCAUCACCACAAAGUUUAAGGUUCAAGUCCGGGUGCAGGAUGAGAGUGGUAGUGUUUCUUUUGUUAUGUUUGAUAGAGAUGUUCAGAAGCUUCUUGGAUUAGCGGCGAGUGACAUAAGAGAAAGGUGCAGUUCGGAAGCUAAAAGUGGAUACAAUGCAGCUUUGGAAGGAUUGGAGAUGAACGGGUCAUGCGUGGAAUGA